AAAAUUCAAAUAUUCUGCGAUAAAGAGUCGUCGUCGUCGUCGUCGUCAUAAAAAUACCCGCUUCGAGUGACACAACACCGGACCCUUCAGCUCAGUCGAGUGUUUGCUUCGAAUCGAGUUAGUCGGCGCUUCGUGAAUAAAACAUUCGUGAAAGUACAAGUUCACUGGAACGCAAAGCUCACCUUGCCAAUCCAAUGGCCUCCCGUGAAGACGAACAGUAUAUUUUGUACGGAGGUCCUGACCCGGAGGAAUUUCUUCACGAUGACUCACUUGGGGAAAUGAUGAUGAAAGACUUUCUGCUGCAGCAGAAUAAUAUCGGAUUGAUUGAUCCCGUGACGGAAGUCGAACUAUCCUAUCGACAGAUUCUUCAGCAAUCAAUCAAAGUAGCGGUCGGCUUGACUGGAUUGGGAAUUCAGCAGACAGAUUGCGCUGCCAUCAUCAGUGACAACAGCUUAGACUUCUGCAUAGCCGAGUUCGGUACCAUAUUUGCAUCCAUUCCGGUGGCACUUUUGAACCCUGCUUACGUGGAAGCUGAGCUCGAUCAUGCAAUUUAUCUGUCCAAACCGAAAGUUGUUUUCGUUUCGGGAAAUGUACUGGCAAAAAUUGCGGGAACGCUCAAAAAGCUGAAACUCUCAGCCAAAAUGAUUGUUUUUGGUGAUGAAUCGAGAUUCAUCCGAAAGUUUCCCGAAGCCAUCAGUUUUGCAAGAUUUUUAGAGGAAACGAUUCCUUCGAGCAACUUUAAGCCUGAACCAGUCGACGUGAAAUCGAAGGUGGCCGUGAUAGUACUUUCAUCAGGCACUACAGGGUUGCCAAAAGGAGUGGAACUUACUCAUUUGAAUGUUAUGACCACAAUUGCUCAUGCCAAAGAAACUCGAAAAAUACUCGAAGAAAUACCGGAUCAGUUGAACACUCUUGCCGUCACACCUUUGUUCCAUGCCAUGGCUGCGAUUAGUAUGCUAAAUAUGAUGACCAAUGAUUGCCGAUGCGUUGUCAUGACAAAAUUUGACGUGCAGCUAUUUCUGGAAAGUAUUCAAAAAUAUCAGGUUAACUUAAUCACGGUCGCGCCCCCGUUGAUGGUGUUUUUGGCCAAGCAUCCGAUCGUAGACAACUACGAUCUGUCGUCACUGAUUACCUUGAUAUGUGGAUCGGCACCGCUGAGUAAAGAAAUUGAAGACCGAGUAAGGGAGAGAAUCGGAGUGGCUUUCAUCAGGCAAGGAUAUGGAUUAAGUGAGACUACGCUGGGAGUGCUAAUGCAAACGGGCUUCGAAAACAAAGCGGGAUGCGUUGGACAAAUCCGAACGGGUCAGUGGGUUAAAGUUAUUGAUCCGGAUACGGGUAAAAUUUUGGGACCCAACCAACGUGGAGAGUUGUGCUUCAAGGGUUCACUGAUCAUGAAAGGAUAUCUGAACGAGGAAUCGACUAUCGACGACGAUGGUUGGUUGCAUACCGGAGAUAUUGGGUAUUACGAUGAUGAGAAGGAUUUCUUCAUCGUCGAUCGGAUCAAGGAGCUUAUCAAGUACAAAGGAUUCCAGGUUCCGCCAGCCGAGCUGGAAGCUAUCCUCAUCAAGAACCCUAAAAUCAAAGAUGCAGCUGUGAUAGGUGUGUCAGACGAGCGGGUCGGAGAGCUGGCAACGGCAUUCGUCGUCAAGGAGGACGAUGUGUCGGUUAGUGCGGAGGAAAUUGUACAAUACAUGGCUAGUCAGGUGUCACCACAGAAACAAUUGCAUGGUGGAGUGAGGUUUAUCGACGAAGUUCCUAGAACCAUGAGUGGAAAAAUUCUGCGCAGAGAACUGAGAGACUUGAUAAAAAAUACCAAAUCAAAGCUAUGAAGUUGUGUUUUGUUAACAAGUAUAUAAUUUAGUACAGGAGAGGGAAAUUGUUGGAAAUUUUUCAGACGUUUUUGAAUGUUACUAUCUUUAGAAUAGCAAACUUUUGGUAAAACAUUUCUAAGUAGUAGUAUUGUAAAGGAUUCGAUAGUUGAAGUGCUACGUUGAAACGAUCCACAUUGAUAUUUUUUUUCAAAUUCAUUUAGAUUCACUAGUAAAUAAAUCACUGUUUGAAAAUCCAC